AUUAAUAUGGAGGUUACCUAUGUAUUUGUGUUGGUGGAUUUAAACAUUUAAGUAAAGAAUAAGAACUUUUAGUACAUACACAAUAAUUAAUUAUAAAUAUUGAGAUCAUUUAAUAAAAAAAUGGUGGGAUCAAUCCCUGACAGAUGGAUACCAUACAAAGCCCUUGGUAAAGUCAUUGAUGGAACAAGGAUUAUAUGCUUUAAAGUACCAUUACAUAAGAGAGUGCAGAAAAGCAAUAUUGUUGCUGUAAAGGAUGUAUGGGAUAUAAAAACACUUUUAAAAGCUAUCCCAAAGUUGGGAGCAGUCAUAGACCUGACAAAUACGGCGAAAUACUACGACCCAGCGGAGCUGAAAUCCAAAGGUGUACUGUAUAAGAAAAUUUUAAUACCAGGUCGCCAGCUACCGUCGGAGCACACUGUUAAUGUGUUUAUGGAUACUGUGGACGAAUUUCUAAAAAUAAAUGAUGAUUGGUUGAUUGGUGUUCAUUGUACUCACGGUUUGAACAGAACGGGCUAUAUGGUCUGCCGUUAUUUGCGGGACCGUGUUGGGAUUCCCGCUAAAGAUGCAAUAAAAAGCUUUGAAAUUGCGAGAGGCUAUCAAAUAGAAAGAGCUAAUUUCAUUGCUGAUCUACUAGGUAAGACUCCACCUCCACCAGAUCUAGGGAAGGAAACAGUGGUGAAGCCGGUAGAAAAUGUAUAUCAAAUUGAACAUAGUCUGUCUCCGAUAAGUAUAAAUAAAGAACCAAAAUUACACGUACGCGAUAAUACACACAGCUGGUGCGUGCCGAGCCCUAAGAAAAAGAGAAGAGAACGCAGUAUUUCCAAAUCAAGUACAUCAUCCUAUGAGUUUGAUUAUAAAUAUGAUUAUUGAUAAUCAAAUAUAAGAACUAUAAUAUUUAUACAUAGAUAUUCCGACUUCAUUAAAAAUUGAUUAGUUUAAGUUUGAAAUGUAAUGUCUCCAAUGACUUUUCUGAAACUUUAGAGUACAUAAAGUGUUUUGUAUCAGUUUCAAAGCAAAUAAUAUGUAUAUCCUGAAUUACUUUUCCUUAAAUAUGUUUGUGCAUAGCUACAAUGGACAUGACGUAAUAUGUUUUUGAUCAGUUUGGUUUUUCAGUAGACGCUUUUGUACAUAGAAUGUUUAGGGCAUGUAAUUGCUUAUAUACAUAAAUGUAUCUAACUUAUAAAUAAUUCGAUAAUACUUUAUUAGCAUAAUCAAUUGAGCAAUAUUAAUGUAUUUAUAAACACUUUAUGCACGCUUAUUUUUUGAAUUAUUUGUAUAAAUAUAUGUAUAUUUAGUUUAAAUAUGAUAUCAUCUUUAAUAUACAAUUUUGAAUGCGCCCUUUAAA